AUGACAUCGACUGAGUGUGAUAAGGAUGACAACUGCUAUUUCUACAUCGAGUCGGAUAUCGACGAGCAGAACCUCACGGUCUGGAACGACUACAUUACGCCCCGUGGGUUCGAGAACGUUUCGUUUUAUUAUCGAGCAGCAAUGGUGCAGGGUUGGAACAAGUUUUGUUUUCAAGGAGGUUUGGUCGUUGUACGAGCACAGCUGCCCGGUGUCGUGGACAAAGACUCUGGCAAUCCCGACCUCAUCAACGCCACAAAAACUUCUCGAGCGGAGAGUAUUGAUUACUAUCCUACCUGGCCUGGCAUUUGGAUGUUCGGAAAUUUGGGGCGAGCCAUCUUCACGGGCUCAACAGCUCGUUUUUGGCCGUUCUCGUACAAUGAAUGCAACGAUACCGUCUUUGACUCCCAAAACCAGCGCAUCAGUGCAUGUGACCCCAAUCCAGGCUCAGGCAUGAACCCUUACCAAGGUCGUGGAGCGCCUGAAAUCGAUAUCCUGGAGGGUGGCGGUACCGAAAUCUCCUCAUCCAUGCAAAUCGGGCCUGGAAUGCCUGACGACUUCCGAAAGUUUUACGAAAAGGUCAAUCCGUCGUGUAUUUACGGAUAUGGUUCCUGUACGACCCCCGGCGCCAACAGUGUUGAUGUCCCCACAGCGUUGUACAAAAAGAACCGUGGAUAUAAAUCAUGGUACCAAGGAAUGCGAUACGGAGCCAACAAUCUGUGUGCUUCGAGAAGUGAUGAGAUCCAAACGCUGGCAAAAAUUAAUGCCUCGCUAAGUAAGGGCAUCACGGAAAAUGCAUGCACGAUUGAGACCUGCCCAGCGUCAUUUGACGUGCAUGCGGAGCUUGGCUUCAUGGACAACAAAACGGAUCACUGGGGAAUUAACUCCAAUGGCACCUGCUUUCCAAAGAUCAAUGGAUACACUGGUGCCUACGUGUGCAAUGCAGGAAACACCGACUCCAAGUGCGCGGAGUCAGGAGGUUCCACCAGCGCGGCGUCUUCUUUUAUGUAUCAACUGGACGCACUCUCUGCAAACUGGGGCAUCCACCUCGCCGCAUACACAGACUGGGUCACAUACUCCGUCGAGUGGGUCCCUGGUGACGACGGCUACGUCCGUUGGGAAGUUGAAGGCCACCCCGUGUUCGAAAUCGCUGCAGCUACCGUGACCAAUCCACCUCAAGAUGCUGCGCAAAUGAACCCCAGGAAGAUCAUGAUCGAAGAGCCCAUGUAUUUAAUUUUUAACGUCGCGCUUUCGAGUGAGUGGGGGUCCAAGCCCCCCAAUGCUGGCGUCUCUGGAUGCUACGGCGAUGGAAAGGAUAAGAAAACCAACACUAUCUGCGAUGCCUUCCCGAUGAAAAUGAAGAUUGAUUACAUUCGGGUUUACCAAGAUACCUCAACGAUGGUCUAUGGCUGUGACCCAGCGUCACAUCCGACGAAGCAGUGGAUUGAAGACAACAUCGACAGCUAUCAGGAUUUUGAUAAUCUGGUU